AACAUCCGAAAACCAUGGAUCCUUUUUUAUCUCAUAUCUAGAUCCGACCUGUAUAAUCCUCUUCUCCCAAUGGCGACGCCAACGUUGGUGAACUCCUGGACCCCCACCCUGGCGGGGUGCCUCAGAACCAGCGACUACUGGAUUUGGGAUUAUCAAGUAGAUAUGGAUCAGCGAACAGUUCUAGGAGGCCCGUCGCAGAUACAGAAUUGCUUGCCAGCUUCUUGGGACGGCACAACCACAUAUGAGGGAACGGGAUGUCCGCCACAGUACACAUCUGCCUGUCAAGGCGCGGGUUCAGCAGCAGCGGUGACAUGUUGCCCUUGGGCAUAUGCAUUCACGUGUGAGCUCACAACGACCGGAGGACUGGAUCGUGAGACAUUUCGCUGUAAAUCAAAGCACACCGGAACUGGUUCGAUAAUUGUGACGCGGACUGCUUUCAGAAGUAAUACAAUCGUCUUUGAAACGAGAGUUGAGAAUACAUCUCUCCAUUUAUUCGCAUUGGCAAUUAUGUACACGACGCCGGUUGCAACAGCCACUGGCGGCUCUUCGAUCCCCACCAGUUCUGCAACAGGGACUUUCUCAACCCCGGAAGCGUCAUCUCAAGAUGAUUCCGCAGCUCUUAGUCCCGGUGCGGCAGCAGGUAUCGGGGUCGGCGCCGGAGUCGGAGUUCUUCUAUUAGGAUUUAUCGUAGGAUUCUUCCUAUGGAGACGAAAGGUGUCAAGACGCGCGGAGAAUACACUAAUCUCGGACCAAUCUAAUAAUUACACCCUCCCACCAAAGAACACAAGAGAGCUACCUACCGUCGGUGAGCCAUCAGAGCUAGAUUCUGUGUCUGUUAGAUAAGCGGUAAUUUGGUCUCUGCCAUGCUCGAGUAUUGGAAUAUUCGGUUUAUAAAUGAAAGGAUGUGUGAGGUCACCAAGAAAAGGGGGUACAUCACAGAGAUAUCACUCUGUGUCUGAAAUCAUCCAAGUAACCCAAAUAUUAAUAAGCCCAGCCAGAGGUCGCUGUCAUAUAGAC